GACGCAGGCCGGCACGGGAAGGUGGCUGGAGCUGUGGAACCGACACACAGGCUGCGCGUGUGGAGGAAUGCGCCCAUCCUCGGGACAGCACCGGCCGCCCCUACCUGCAGACUGAGGUCGCUGUCUCCUGGAAGCCGACUCCCUGCGCGCCGAGGCGGGGCCGCCGGGUCACACCGCGGAUCUGACCGGGAUUGGACGCCGGCCUGGGCGAGGUCGCCCUGCGGGAGCUCAGGUCCCAGCCUUCCGGGCCCGCGCCGCGCCCCUGAGGUCUCCCGGCCGAGCCCCCGCGAGGGGCCUGACGGCGUGGACAGGGCUAGGAGCAGGAGGAAGGGUCCCAGGACGACCCUGACCAUGUCCGCCUGUCCGAAACCACCUCGGGGUCGCACUUUAGAGUCACCACCACCGGCGACAUCAGGCUCCACCCGGACCCUUCCCGGACGUGGGUUCGGAGCCUUGACCCCACCCCCGGGCCCCCAUUGGCCCGACCGGGCGGGGGCGAGGCCGGGGUGGUGCGGGCUACAGGGUCUGGCUGAGGCCGGUGCAGGUCCGCGCCGCCCGAUUGCCCGGAGCUCUUGCGCCGCAGCAGCCCGGGGCGGAUCAGCCGACGGUGCGGGUCUCGGGAAUAGCUCCAGUUCCCAGGCGGCGGCGGCGGCGGCGGCCGCGUCCACAGGGCCCCAAGCAGAGACAGGUGCCGCGGGAGUGCCCUGGGGCCCUAGCCGUCGCCGCGGACGGCAACUGCCCGGUCCCGCCAGCCGUCGAGCCCAGCCCACCGCUCGCCGUCCGGGCGGUCCCGGGCUCCUGUCCCAGCCGCGGAGCCGAUGCGCGUCCGCUGAGCGCCCAGCCCGGCCCGCCAUGGCGGCGCGCCCCGGGCCGCUCUGGCUCCUGGGCCUGGCUCUGUGCGCGCUGGGCGGCGGCCCCGGCCCGCGCCCCCCGCCCGGCUGUCCCCAGCGUCGCCUGGGAGCGCGCGAGCGCCGCGACAUGCAGCGCGAGAUCCUGGCAGUGCUCGGGCUGCCCGGGCGGCCCCGGCCCCGCGCGCCACCCGCCGCCUCCCGCCUGCCCGCGUCCGCGCCGCUCUUCAUGCUGGACCUGUACCGCGCCAUGGCCAGCGACGACGACGACGACGACGCCGGGCCCCCUGAGCGGCGCCUGGGCCGCGCAGACCUGGUCAUGAGCUUCGUCAACAUGGUGGAGCGUGACCACGUCCUGGGCCGCCAGGAGCCCCACUGGAAGGAGUUUCUCUUCGACCUGACUCAGAUCCCAGCGGGGGAGGCGGUGACAGCUGCCGAGUUCCGGAUCUACAAGGAGCCCAGCACGCAGCUGGUCAACAGGACCCUGCACGUCAGCACGUUCCAGGUGGUCCAGGAGCACUCCAACAGGGAGUCUGACUUGUUCUUUUUGGAUCUUCAGACGCUCCAGGCUGGGGACGAGGGCUGGCUGGUGCUGGACGUCACGGCAGCCAGUGACCGCUGGCUGUUGAGCCGUCACAAGGACCUGGGACUCCGCCUCUAUGUGGAGACGGAGGACGGGCUCAGCGUGGAUCCCGGCCGGGCCGGGCUGUUGGGGCAGCGGGCACCGCGCUCCCGCCGGCCAUUCAUGGUCACUUUCUUCAGGGCCAGCCCGAGCCCUGGACGCGCCCCUCGGGCCCUGAGGCCGCUGAAGAGGAGGCAGCCGAAGAGAACCAACGAGCUGCCGCAGCCCAACAAGCUGCCGGGGAUCUUCGAUGCUGUCCACGGCUCCAACGGCCGGCAGGUGUGCCGUCGGCACGAGCUCUACGUCAGCUUCCGGGACCUCGGCUGGCUGGACUGGGUCAUCGCCCCCCAAGGCUACUCGGCCUAUUACUGUGAGGGCGAGUGCUCCUUCCCGCUGGACUCCUGCAUGAAUGCCACCAACCAUGCCAUCCUGCAGUCCCUGGUGCACCUGAUGAAGCCAGACGCGGUCCCCAAGGCGUGCUGCGCGCCCACCAAGCUGAGCGCCACCUCCGUGCUCUACUACGACAGCAGCAACAACGUGAUCCUGCGCAAGCACCGCAACAUGGUGGUCAAGGCCUGCGGCUGCCACUGAGCCCGGCCGCCACCGGCUGCGGCCAGCCCUCCCCAGCCUGCCCCCUUCCUGCCAGGCUUCUGUCCUUUCUCGGCCCUCGGCCCCACUCUCCGGGCAGGCCUCAUACUCGCAACCUCAGAGCUGGCUGCUCUCUCCGGCGGCAGCAUGGAAGUCCUGGCUAAGACCCAUCCUUGGUCAUCCCUGGCCCCUGGCACUUGAACUUGGCUGACUCGCUCUGUAGCACUCCCACGGGGUUCAGGUGUGGGCCGAGGGCUGCGUCCCUCCCCAGAGGCAGCACUUGGGCAUGACUGCAGCACGCUGGGUUCUGGGCGUGGGCAUCAACAUUCUAGGAAAAGACCAAGCUGGGAGGGCCCCGGCGCUUAGGGCUACAGCCGCUGGGGACGUCUCUUGGAGUGUGUCUUCCCCUGCCCUGGACCCGCCCCUCCUCCUGCCUGGGAAAGAGGUGGCCCCCAGAGAAGCAAAGAACCUGGGGCUCCCAGUUCCAUCAACUGUCCCCACCACGUUGACUGAAUAUGGUGUUGGCUCUGGGGAAAAAAGUUAACUCUUUGUGGAAGCAAGGACAGCAGCUGCGGGGGGCCCCACUGCCCGCCCCGGGCCACCGCCGUGAGUGGAUCCACUGGGCACUUUCCUGGACCUGCAGUUGAUCCCCAGCAGCUGGUCAGAGCCGCGAGGGGCUCAGGCUCAACUCUAACCUGCAGAGGAGUAUGGGCUCCACCCAGCGCUCCAUAGACUGCCAGUACCCAAGGCAGGUGUUUGUGUCUGGGAGUCAAGAACAGGCAGGACACCAAUGUCUGUGUCACCUGAUAUGCCCAGCAGCCCCUGUCCUCUUUCUUGGUCAUGUGAGUCAAAGAGAAGGCCCCUGUCCCCGGGAGUGACAGGCGGCAAUUAGGCUGAGUUGGGUGGGGACCCUCGUCUCAGCCUGCACCAUUCCGGAAACCGCUGUUCUCCCUGGAGCAGUGCUGGGAGUCCCAGUGUUUAUUUGAUUUCUGACUUGCUAAGCCUGUAAUUUACCUGCUGGGACAGACAGAGUCCAGCUGUCUGAACCCUGUCAUUAAAAGCGGAUCCUGGGUCCACCCCGACCACAGGCACGCCCAGCAGAGGUGGCACCGCCGGGCUCCCAAGGAUGCAUCUCGGGCUCACGCUCCACACCCCUGAGGAUGGGCUGAGCAGGGGUGGGGGCUGGGGCCACGCUGUGAGACAGCUGCCCUGCACCUGUGCCCCCCACCCCAGCCAUACACAGACCCUGGUGGGGAGCGGGUUUCUUGUUAGGCUGGGGCUUCCGGCUCAGGCUGGCGGGGAAUGGACCAGGCACUGGCCUGAAUGUCAGGAGGUCCGUAUUUUGGUUUCAACUUAACCACCAACUUGCUUAGUUUCUGAACAAGUUCCCUUUCCCAUCCAUGCCUCAUACUCCCAUCUACAAGAGGACACAGGACACUCUCAUGACAGAGGCCCUUCUUGCCAGGGCACAGGCCUGCCACCUGACCCUCCCCCUCCCAGAGCCGGGAGCCCAGGGGCCAUUUUGGGACCUGAUCUGAUGGCCCAACAGCAACCUCCUCCCAACACUGGGAAAGUGGCAGCUUGGAAACCAGGGGACAGCACACAACCUGGCCCGGCCCAGCAGCCCUAGGAAUGCUUGUGAUCGAGUGUUCUGAAGAUGCAGGGCAAGAGUGGAAGGUUCAUGAUGUGACUUCCUUUGCAUGAUGGGCAGCAGAGUACAAUGGCCAUGGCCUUGCCAUCCAGGUGGCCACCAAAUGACAUCAGACAGAAAACAACGGGGAGGGGUGUGUGUGAGAUCAUAAUGGACAAAGAGUUGAUGAGGUGGCCGCGGACAGCGACCGAGAGCAUCAUCUCACCUCCAUUCCAGGCUGCACAUCAGUGGCGUAAGGGCGGCCAGCCGAGGCCCCCUGGUUGCAGCAGGUGCACGCUGGCUGGUAAGGGCAGCCAGCCGAGGCCCCCUGGUGGCAGCAGGCGCAUGCUGGCUGGUGGGGAGGAGGCAAGGCUGGGUUGGUCCAUGUGGACAGCCUCACAGCUGGCUGCACAGUGUGUGGAAUAAAUAGUGACUAGGAGAGGUCUUUUAAAUGGACUUGCAAGGGGCCUGCUUUCUGGCACAGCAGGUUAAGCCAUCACCUACAAUGCCAGCAUCCCAUAUGGGCACUGGUUCAAGUCCCAGCUGCUCCAAUUCUGAUCCAGCUCCCUGCUAAUGUGCCUGGGAAAGCAGAGGACGGCCCAAAUGUUUGGGUCCCUGCCACCCACUUGGGAGACACAGAUGAAGCUCCUGGUUUCAGCCUGGCUCUGGUCACUGUGGCCAUUUGGGGAGUGAACCAGGGGCUGGAAGAUCUUGCUAACUCUGCCUUUCAAAUAAAUAAACAAAUAAAUCUUAAAUAAACAAACAAAUGGGGGCCAGCACUGUGGUGUAGCAGGUAAAACUGCUGCCUAUGGUGCCAGCAUCCCACAUGGGUGCCGGUUCAAGUCUUGGCUACUCCAUUUCUGAUCCAGCUCCCUGCGAAUGUGCCUGGGAAAGCCGCAGAGGGUGACCCAAGUGCUUGGGCCUCUGUACCCGUGUGGGGGACUCAGAGGAAGCUCCUGGGUCCUGGUUUCGGAUUGGCCCAGCUCCAGCCAUUGCGGCCCUUUGGGAAGUGAACAAGCAGAUGGAAGAUCUUUCUCUCUGCCUUUAAAAAAAAAAAAAAGUGGACAGCAAGUUUGGGCCUCCCCACUCUGCUGUCCUAGGAGAGCCAACCCCUCCCAGCAGGCGCCCAAGGGCACCUGCUGUGUUUACCUCAAGGCUGGGCUUUUCCUAAAGGAGCUACACGGGGUGGUCUGGGAGGAGGCCUGGCCUCGCACCCUCACCUGUUCAUGUGCUCAGGGGACACUGGAGGGCAUCUUUCUGUUGAAAGCUUCUCUUACUGGGAGCCCUAAGCACCUUUUUUCCAGUGUUUUCCCACCUAAAAUAUCACGUGUGGCAGGGACACUUCUGAAAAAGGCAAGAAAAGAACAAAAGCAGCCAUGAUCCCACCACAAAGACAACCAGGCAAACUCCUUACACAUCGGUCUUCACAAACGAUACACAGAUACUUGAAAGUUAGGAACACACUCUACGGACUGUUUGGUGAUUUGUUUUUCAAUUUAUGAUACGUGAGUACUUAGAAAAUUUAUCAAAUAUUCACUGGAAACGUGGUUUUCAGCAGCACUUCAGGCCUUGAGCCCCGCCUUGUCUUCUCCCUCACACAGCAGGUCUCAGUGCCUUCCCCAGAGGGUGGGCAGAGAGAAGCCCGCUUGAAGCCCACCUCCUCAGGGGAAAGGGCCGAAGCUGGGGCGCAGGAAGACACCACAGCCUGUGCCCUCAGCCACCUCUGAAGACACCUGGGGUCUGCCUGGGGACAGCAGUCUGAGGACGAGGAUUUAUUUUGGUGGAGAAAACCUCCAGGGUCCCCCCGGGCAGGUGGGGGUCGGGCCCUGGCAGUAAAUGCCGGGCCUGUCCGUGAUGGGGAGGGCGGUGCCUGCCUGGCUGCUCUGGCCCAGGCAUGAUGGGAAAGAGCCCAGAGAAGUCCAUGUUGUGCCUGCAAGAGCUGACGCCGAGGAAGGGCUCUGGCCACGAACGCUGCUUCCGUGCUGGUCCCGGAGGCCGCAACUCCUUCCUGGGUGUGCAGAGCAAGGGCAGAGAGGGCGCCAGCUCAGCUCACGCAAACUCGCCACAAUCCGCGAUGAUCACCUUCUGCUUGGGCUUCCCGUCCUUGCUGCCCUGGGCCUUGGGGGGCAGAACAGAGACCAGAAGUCAGAGGCGUGCAGGUGGAGAACGAAGUCUGGCUCGGGCACUCCCGCCCUGCUGCCCACUCCCAACCUGGAACCUUCCGCCUGGGGACAGGACUGCUGCAGGAAGCACACCCGGUCCACCCCUGCUGGCUUGGGCCUGUUCCCUGCCACCCACCUCAAUCUGUCGCAAGACAUCCAGACCGUCGGUCACCUCCCCAAACACCACAUGCUUUCCAUCCAGCCAGUCUGUCUUGUCACACGUCAGGAAGAACUGGGAGCCAUUGGUGUUUGGGCCAGAGUUGGCCAUAGAGAGCAGGCCUGGGGGAGGGAAGGAGCUCGUCAGCUCCCUCCACCCCAGCGCACAUGGGUGCAGCCCGUAUGCAGCCCCCCGCUGGGCAGGCUGGGACUGCAGGAUGCACAGACCACGUGGACAUGGCCACCUUGUCCUUCACUCAGUUGACCGUGAUACAGGAUGGGCAGGGUUGUUUCAAUCACUUCACGCUGGUUUGCCCUUGCAUGCAUCCGUGCAUGCCCCGUAAGUACCUGUUGUCUACUUUGUAACAGGGCCCCUGUUGAGCCCUGGGGACAAGGAUCCCAGCCCUGGUGGAACUCAGUCUCGGGGACCAGUCAUUCCAAAGAUAAACAGAACUCAACGUUGGCUUAGCACCCAAAACCCAGUCUGUGUAAUAUACCAUGUCAACAGAAUAACGAACAAAACCCACAUCUUAUCAUGAAAGAUACAGAAAAAACCCUUGGCAAAAUUCAGCACUUCUUCAUCAUGCAAGCACCCAGCUAGGGACAGAAGAGGAACUUCCUCGACCUGAGAAACGGCGCCUGCAGAAAACCCCAGGAUGAAGCCCUGGAUGCUGUCUCCCCCCCACCAACAGAAUGCCACUGUCACUCAGCACUGCACUGGAGAGGCCAACCAGGCCACUUAGGAAAGCCGAAGGGAAGGAGGUCCAACUGGAGAGCUACAUGGAGAUACUGAGACAGCUCCAUUUGCAGACGACAUGAUCCUGUGUACAGGAAAUCCAAGGAGUCCACUAAAAAAACUAUUGGCUGGCGCCACGGCUCACUAGGCUAAUCCUCCGCCUGCGGUGCCGGUACACCGGGUUCUAGUCCCAGUCAGGGCGCCGGAUUCUGUCCCGGUUGCUCCCCUUCCAGUCCAGCUCUCUGCUGUGGCCCGGGAGGGCAGUGGAGGAUGGCCCAAGUGCUUGGGCCCUGCACCCGCAUGGGAGACCAGGAGAAGCACCUGGCUCCUGGCUUCGGAUUGGCGCAGCGCACCAGCUGUAGCAGCCAUUUUGGGGGGGUGAAUCAAAGGAAAGGAAGACCUUUCUCUCUGUCUCUGUCUCUCACUGUCUAACUCUACCUGUCAAAAAAAAAAAAAAAAAAAACUAUUAAGAACUAAUUAACAGGUUUCUGUAAGGUUGCAGGAUAUAAGAUCAAUAUAAAACAUCAAUUAUAUCUCUAUACAUUAGCCAUAAACCUGAAAAUAAAAACAAUUUCACUUAUACUAGCAUCAAAAAUAAUAAAAUACAUGGCAACAAAUUUAAAAGAUGUAUAAAAUUUACACUCUGAAAAUCACAAAACAUCAUUGAAACACAUUAAAGAAUAGGUAAACAAAAGGCAAGAUAUCGUAUGUUCAUGCAUUAGGAGACUCAAUGUUGUUAAGAAGGCAAUACUCCCAAAUUGAUCGAAGAUUCAGUACAAUCCUUACCAAAAUCUCAGCUGGAUAUUUUACAUGAAUUGGCAACGUUUAUCCCCAAAUUUAUAUGGAAAUAUAAGAGAAUCAGAAUAGCAAAAACAAUCUUAAAAGAAAGUUGGAGGACUAGCAGUUCCUAAAUGCAGAACUUACUAAAAAGCUACAGAAUUCAAGACUGUGGUAGUGGCAUAGAAUAGAUACACAAGGUACUUCAAAUGUUUGUGGGAAAUGGAAUUAAACGGCAAGUUUAGGGGGAAAUGGGUUAAGCUACUGCUUGGGAUAUCCAUAUCUCAUUACCAGAAUGCCUGGGUUCAAGUCCUGUCUCUGCUUCUGAUCCAGUUUCUGUAACACACUAGGAGGCAGCAGCUGAUGACCUCAGUGUUGCAGUUGCUGCCACCCACGUGGGAGACCUAGGCUUUGGCCGGAGCCAGUCCUGGCUUUGGCUGUUGUAGGUAUUUGACAGUGAAUCAGCCGAUGGAAGAUUUCUCUGUUUCCAUUUCCCCCUCUCUGUCACUCUGCCUUUCAAAUAACUUUUUAAAACAACUUUAUUUUGGUGGAAGAAAAUUUUGAAAUCCAUGCACAUUUUUUCAUAAUGUACAUUUUCUAUAACUUUCUGAAGACUCCUCAUAUGCACAGACUUCAAACAUUUUUGCACCAAAAUAGGCUGAUUUUUUUCUUUAAAUAGAUUUAUUUAUUUAUUUGAAAGUCAAAGUUACAGAGAGAGGGAGUGAUACAGAGAGAGAUUUUCCACCCACUGGUUUUAUCCCCAGAUGACUACAAUGGCCAGAGCUGGGCCAGGCUUCAGCCAGGAACCAGGAGCUACUUCUGGGUCUCCCACAUCGGAACAGGAGCCCAAAUACUUGGGCCAUCUUCAACGGCUUUUCCCAGGAGCAUUGGUGGGAGCUGGAGUAGAAGUGGAGCAGUUGGGACAGGAACUGGCACCCAUUUGGGAUGCCCGCAUCAAAGGUGGCCGCCCAAAGCUGAUCUCUUAAUUCCAUUUUCCCACGAACUUUUUGAAGUCCCUCAAACAGCUCAAUAGCUGGAGUGUGGUUUGUAACCCCAGGGGUCAUGUACCAGAAGCGUGGUCCUCAGUGUGGUGGUGCUGGGGUGGCACACUCUUGGUGGAAGGUAAUUAGGUCCUCAGGGUGCUGCUUCAGAAGGGAUCGAUGCUGGCCUCGCUGCUAGAGGCUCCCUGGAGAGUUAAGACAGCUCCUGCCCGAACCCUCUCUGCACCUGCUUCCCGUCUCGCCAUGUGCUCCCACCAGGAUGUCAUCUUCCACGAGGCUCUUCCCAGGGGCCAAACGGGGCCACCUGAUUGUGGAACUCCAGCAAAUUCCAAAACUGUGAGCUAAACACUCCUUUUUAUUAUACAGUGCCCGGCCUCAAGUACUGUGUUAUAGCAACAGAAAACAGACUAAUACAAAUGGAGGAGAAUUUACAAUCCAGAAAUAGCCCAGUCACCUCGGGUGCCAAGACGAACAGGAAAAUAGCAGUGCUGGGACUGCUGGAUUCCCACGUGCCAGGGAAUGAGACUGGCCUCUUCCCUCACACGCUACACAAAAACUAACCCCAAAGGAAUCCAAGAGCAGGAAUGAGAGCUGAAACCACAGACUUCCUAGGGAGUACAGGAGGAAAUCCAGGACCAGGACCAGAAGUGCAAGUGACAAGACACAAAAGUAGUAACUGAAUUUCCCCAAAAUUAAAAUAUUUUCUAAAGGACAUCACAAAAGUGAAAAUAGAACCCACAGAGUUAGAGAAAAUAUGUGCAGAUCAUCUGAUAAAGGACCUGUGUCUUCUUAACAAUAAAAAGAUAAAUGACCCAAUUAAAAAUGGGUAAAGGAUCUGAACAUUUUUCCAGAGAUUUACAAAUGACCAAGAAGCACAUGAAGAGGUGCUCAACAGCUUAGCCUUCAGGGAAUCCCCAACCCAAACCUCAGUACACUAGCAAUGCACAACAUGGGGACGGGCAUAACCGAAUAGACAAUAACCAGGGUUGGUAGGAAUGUGGAUAAACUGGAAACCUCACACAUUCCUGAUGGGAAUGCAGAGAACAGUCUGGCAGCUCCUCAAGCUGUGAAGAGUUAUCAUAUCACCCAGCAAUCCCAAUUUCCAGGCACACAUUCAAGAGAAAAACACACAUCCCCAGAGCCGGUGCUGUGGCACAGCAGGUAAAGCUGUCACCUGCAGUGCCAGCAUCCCAUAUGGGCGCCAGCUCGAGUCCCGGCUGAUCUCCUUGCUAAUGCACCAGGGAAAGCAACAGAAAGUGGUCCAAGGGCUUGGGCCCCUGCAUUCAUGUGGGAGACCCAGAAAAAGCCCCUGGCUCCUGGCAUCAGACUGAACCAGUUCCAGCUGUUGUGGCCACUCGAGGAGUGAACCAGCAGAUGGAAGAUGUCUCUCUUUUCCCCUACCCCUCAGCCCUGUAUCUCCCUCUCUGUGAACUCUGCCUUUCAAAUAAAUAAAUUUUUUUUUUUUUUGACAGGUAGAGUUAUAGACAGUGAGAGAGAGACACAGAGAAAGGUCUUCCUUCCAUUGGUUCACUUCCCAAAUGGCUGCUACGGCCGGCGCUACGUCAGCCUGAAGCCAGGAGCCAGAUGCUUCUUCCGGGUCUCCCAUGUGGGUGCAGGAGCCCAAGCGCUUGGGCCAUCCUCCACUGCCUUCCCAGGCCUCAGCAGAGAGCUGGACUGGAAGAGAAGCAACCGGGACUAGAACCCGGCACCCAUAUGGGAUGCUGGCGCCACAGGCGGAUUAGCCAAGUGAGCCAUGGCGCCAGCCCCUCAAAUAAAUAAAUUAAAA